GUCAACUGAAGCGCUUUAAGCAUGGCAGCUGCACCGACCCCGUUUGGCCAAGAUCAGCCGACCAAAACAUCUCCUCCACCCGUCCUGUUUGAUCUGUCUCAGCCUCCGGUCAUCGAGGGGUUCACCCCACUGCCAAGAGCAAAGGAAGAGAACUUUAAGGACAAAUUCAUCAGGAAGACGAAAGAGAACCCAUUCGUCCCUAUCGGUUGCUUAGGAACCGCAGGGGCAUUGAUCUACGGCCUCGGCGCCUUCAGACGUGGCAAGACCCGACAGUCCCAGCUGCUAAUGAGAGCCCGUAUCUUCGCCCAAGGCUUCACUGUCGUUGCUAUUAUAGUGGGCGUGGCUGCCACGGCUCUGAAACCCAAGCAAUGAGAGAGGACAGACCAAGGGCAACACCAGAGCCUGUUUGAUCAUUCAGGAGCCUUAUGUGGAAUGAACUGAACCUUAAAUGCCAACUCUUAGCAUUGUUUAUUUCCUUAAGAGAGGCCCAGUGCAAGAACACAAGUUAUAGAUUGGAAGAUUUAUCCAUGUGUACCACAGUUAUACACAGAUUUAAUGCCCAGCAUUUAAUUUAUGCCAUCUUCUUGACCCAAGUCCACAGUAGCCACUUUUUGUGGUUAAAUUAUUUGAUGUGAAUGGCAAAUCAGUGCCUGCUUUUCCAUGUUGGUGAAGUAAGGAUACAUGGACAUUGUUUUAAACAUUACAAUGCUUCUUACCUCAAAUUAUUAUGUCUGUGUACAUUUAGGAGAACCGUUUAAGGUGCAUUGUAAUGUGUCACAAUAUUAGCAAUCUUAUUAUUAAACAAAAAAGUGUAAUAAAUGUAGUCUUUGUUUUUGAGA